AUGACGCUGAAUCUGACCGACCCCGCCGGCAACCUGAAGCCCCACCUGAGGGCCAAAGCCAACGACAUCCUCACCUCCCCCGACGUGGGGCUGCUCAAACUGGCUUCGCCGGAGCUGGAGCGGCUCAUCAUCCAGUCCAGCAACGGCCUGAUCACUACAACGCCGACUCCGACCCAGUUUCUGUGUCCCAGGAACGUGACGGACGAACAGGAGGGCUUCGCGGAUGGCUUCGUGAGGGCACUGGCCGAGCUGCAUCACCAGCACA